AUGGUUUCUACUGGAGAUUCAGCAGGGGAAAUCACAGGAACAUCAAUGGCAUCCACGACCAUUGAUCAUCUUCAUCCUUUGUACUUGCAUCCAUCUGGUGCACCUGGCUCACUCAACAUUGGAAUAAUGCUUACAGGAACAGAUAACUACACUUUGUGGAGCAAAGCAAUGCAGUUGGCUUUGCUUAGGAAGAACAAAGUAGGAUUCAUUGAUGGAAUAGUGAAACGAGAUCAGUUUUCAGGGAGUUUAGCUCAACUGUGGGAUCGAUGUAAUGCCAUUAUUGUUUCAUGGAUUUUGUGCAAUGUGAGUAAAGAUCAACACAGUGGUGUUCUUUUCUGUUCAGAUACACAUUUGAUUUGGGGAGAUCUAAAAGAAAGAUUCAACAAGAUCAACAGUUCUCGUGUGUUUCAGCUACAUAAGGAGAUCUUUACACUUUUUCAAGGUGUGUCUUCUAUCUCAAGAAUGUUGCAAUUUCUUAUGGGACUUAAUGAUGGCUAUGCUCAGGCUCGUAGUCAAAUUAUGUUGAUGCAUCAACUUCCUAGCAUUAAUCAGGUUUAUGCCAUGAUAAGUCAAGAUGAAAGUUAG